AUGUGGGUAGAAGCUCGAGAAAUCCUCAUAGCGUCCGGGCUAUGGACGGUGGAGAAGAAGUCGAAGUUCUUCUCCCUCCAGAGACGGAAAGGCCACGGUGCCCGAGGCGUACCAUCGGUGCUCCUCAGCACUGUGGAUUCAAUUCUCUACAAUAAGAAGCCCGCCCCUUUUCGAGUCAUUCACCACACACCGAGCUCCGAGGUGAGCUGGUGUGUAGCGGAGGCGUUCAGCGUCGAAGAAAUCGAGAGAGAUUGGCAAUGGCUGGAGAAGAACUUGACACCGACGUUGGAGCAAUGCGACGGAGAAGAUCAAAUGACCGAUAUAGUCAGAUGCAAAGUCGCCUCCAUGCUCAUGCAGUGCGUGCAAUCGCAAGGCGCUAUCGACACGACGGACCCCGAAUUCCAGACGACUGUCGCGAGUUUCCGCGAACGUUUCGAUAUGCCCGAGGAGAAACUCGUCAACUACUACGCAUGUAGUCUCAUGAUCAGGAGACUGCCGCAGAUGGGAUGGAUGUACUUGUCGCUGAACACCAUGUGCUUCUUUUCGUAUAUACUCGGCCGAGAGACGAAGAUCGUUCUCCGCUGGACCGAGAUCAGUGUAUUGGAUCGGAGCCGCAACGUACUCCUGCCCGAAUCUAUUCGAGUCGUCACCCGCGACGACAAGGAGUAUAUAUUCUCGAUAUUCAGAUCUGUCAGGGACACCUUCAAGCUCAUGGAUCAGCUUAACAACCUUGCCAUGCGUCAAAUAAUCUCCGAGGAGACCUACGAGGAGGAUCCCACGCUCUUCAGCCGUUUAGUGAAAAACGUUCGUAAAGGAUCACUCGUCAAACGAGACCUGGACGUUCGAGCGCAAUCCGAGUCUUAUCAGUUGAAAUUCCGACUACCGAAAGAUGAGCGUUUGGACGGAAGCCUCGAAUGCAAUCUCUUCACUCCGUACGACAAAAAGACGGUUUGGGGGACUCUAUAUUUCUCCCAGAAUUAUCUGUGUUUCGACAGCAGCGUGCGAAAUCUCGUCCGCCUCAUCAUUCCUCUACGCAACGUCAACGCAACGGAGAAGACCGUGCUGACCCUAGGAUCGAAGCAGAACGGUAUAUUAGUCAGCUGCAAAGACGACAACACGUUCAUGUUUGCGGAGAUCGACAAGAACGACCUCGAGUUCGUCAUCACGAAAAUCAGUGAGCUGCUGCAGAAGUUGGCGCCGACAGAAAUUAUUCGCUCGCCCAUUGGAGAGCCGAAACUCCGAGUCAAAUGGAAUACGCAACCCCUGGUUCAGCUUUUCCCCUUGAAGUACACCGAGGCCGGCGCGGCGAAGAUGCAGAAGCAGAGCGAGCUAUGGGAGCAACACUUCAUCAAGUACGGAAGAGGUGUCAGCACGUACCGAACGCACGAAGCUAUGCAGCUCGUAUUGAACGGGACUCCAGAUAAAGUCCGAGGAGAGAUCUGGAUGUUGUAUUCCGGAGCUCUGAAUGAAAUGCAACUCCAUCCCGGCUACUAUCAGAUUCUUGUUGAGGCAAGCCAAUCGAAGACCUCGAACACUGCGGAUGAGAUUGAGCGCGAUCUACAUCGCUCUCUGCCAGAGCAUCCUGCUUAUCAGAACGCGGUCGGUAUCGAUGCCCUGCGUCGGGUCCUGAACGCCUACGCCUUCAAGAAUCCAGACAUUGGUUAUUGUCAAGCCAUGAAUAUUGUCGGCAGUGUCCUACUGUUAUACAACCGGGAGGAAGAAGCUUUUUGGCUUCUCGUGGCAAUCUGUGAGAGAUUGCUACCGUUCUACUACAACACCAAGGUUAUCGGUGCCCAGAUCGAUCAGAGAGUCCUGCAGGAGUUGGUGAAAGAUCAUCUUCCCCAGCUACACGAUACGCUGGACAAUCUCGGAAUCCUAUCGAUGAUUUCUAUCUCUUGGUUCCUGACAUUGUUCCUCAGCGUGAUCCCGUUCGAAGCAGUUGUACAGAUAAUGGAUUGUUUCUUCUACGAUGGACCCCGAAUCAUUUUCCAGGUGGCUCUGACGAUUCUUGAUAAGAACAAAAAAUCGCUCGUCAAAGCAAAGGAUGACGGAUUCGCGCUGGCGAUGCUCAAUAGCUUCCUAAGCGGGAUCACAAACAAUUAUGGACCGAUUGUAGAAAACAAGCAGAGUACCGUUACGACCCCGACCGACACCGAUGACAACGAUAACAAAACUACUGACAUCAGCGAACUGCUGGAUAUCGCUCAUCGCCAGUUCGGUUUCAUCAGUGAGGAGAUGAUUGGGAAAUUACGCGAUAAGCAUCGGCGUCAAGUCGUGAGAACGCUGGAUGAACAAUCAACGAAUCAAGUUCUUCGUUCGCUCAACUCCGACCUGAUGCUGAAACAGUUAUUGAAGGAGAGCGACGCCUUGGAUUUACUUCAGCUGGUGAAAAAAGAACAACAACUGAAAAGUCGGAAGACCGACUACAGUGGCCCUCCGGCGAAAACCGAUCCGCUGUUGCCAAUCUACGAACAGUACAAGUUAGAUUUCGAUCACUUCAAAAAGCUUUACGAGAAAAUCUGUGCUGAUAUGUGGUACACGGGUGAUCAGCCUGAUGUCCUCAUGUUGAGGAUGUUCCAUUUGUUCGAUGAAAAUGAGGACGACUUCAUUAACUUUCGCGAAUUGUGCCAACUCAUGGCUGUUCUCUGCUACGGGGAUCUGGAGCACCGUUUAGGCCUUAUCUAUUCCGCCCAUUUGGUGAAGUCUGCUGUCGCUGACGAACCGAAUAUGUUCGAACAGUUGAGUGAGGACACGGAGACAGCUGCCGAUGCCGAGGAGUAUUUCGCCCGAGUCGCCGAAGACGAACGGAAUCCCGAGUUCAAGAACCUCUCCUCGUACACUCACUCGUCGCUGCUCGAUGCGCUGAUCUGGAGUCGUUUACAGACCGGUGUGUGGUCCGGAGGAACUCAACGCAUACCGUCCAUUAAUUUAGAUGAAGUAUUCCAGGAGCUUCCUGACAUGAAUCAGAAACAGUUCAUGGCGAUGUUCACUAGUCUCCAUCGACUCUUCAUGGGUCACAACAGGGAAGACGAGUUCGUGAAAUCGUUGGCGUCCAUGAGUAAUAUACUACUUCAAACGGGUGAACUUCAACAGAAAAUUCAGAAACCACCGAAUAGGGACCCAAUUCCGCCGGAAGACGAUCAGCGGGAGACGAAAACUCGACAGAGAUGGAACACCAAUUGGUAUCUGUCGUUCACUCAAUUCCGAGACACGCUCAGAAUCGAUGAUACUUUGUGCAAUUAUUUCUCGAUGAAACUGCCGCUCCCCGAAACUUUGGCAGACUUGAAGAAGAACGUAUAUUAGGAGGUC